AUGGCAGACGUCGAGACUAAGCCAGAAUCCACCCCCAUUGCUAUUUUCAGACCAAACAAUUUAAACAAUGACGAUGAUGGGAGCGACUACGUUCUCCUCGCAGGAUCAGGUGCCUCACCUCCGACCCUUGAAGUCUCUAAUCUUCGACAUCCGAUAUCAGAAUCCCUGUGGUCGCUUAUCAUUGACCCCGCAAACCUCCCACCCCACCUUAAGCUGCCAGCUUCCCAGAUCCAUGUCAUCGUAUCAAACAAUUCGGGUCUCAAAACGGCUCAGGGAUACUAUGACGGCCUUCUAUCCCCAUUGCUCAGCUAUCUAAGGGUUGCACAUACUACUCAUAUCACGAGUAGUCCUACAUCGAUCGCAGAGUUUACAACCCAGAUUGCCUCAAAUGGGCUCGAAAACCUUAUUGUUCUCCUUAGCGGAGAUACUGGAGUGACCGAAUAUAUUAACGCGGUUCCAACCACUUCUCAAAAGAUCACAGUUUGUGUUCUACCACUGGGCACAGCAAAUGCCUUUGCCUCAGCGCAUGGAUUGGGACUAAAGUCUCUGCUUCAUGGGAAACCAACUCUAUUCCCCACUUUCACUGCCACAUUCUCGCCCGGUUCUCGGGAAAAUGGAGAGCCACUUAAGGAAUCACUUACCAAGACUACCUCGAUCCGAGGAUGCGUUGUUGCAUCAUACGGUUUUCAUGCCUCUAUCGUUGGUGGUUCUGAAACACCAGAGUAUCGAAAGCAUGGCAUUAACAAAUUCAAGAUGGUUGCGGAGGAAGUUAUGAAAGGAACUUUCCUUGGUGGUGCGGGGAACGGCUUCCAACCUUAUAAUGCAACUGUAAAGGGAGUGGAAGCUGUGAAGGGAGGAACGAAACACUCAUAUCUGAUGCUAGCUUUGGUUGACAGAAUGGAGCCGACGUUCGUGAUCAGUCCUAAGAGCCGCGAUGGCCAAGUUUGGGCAUUGUAUACCGGAGAUAUCAGUGGUAAAGAUCUGAUCAAUACGUUGAUUAUGGGGGCAUAUGCGGGUGGGAAGCAUGUGGAACAUGAAAUCGUCGGAUACGAGGAGAGCAAAGGCUUUAGGAUCGAAAAUCUAGAGGAUAAAGAGCUAUGGAAGAGAUGGAUUUGCGUCGAUGGAAGAUUUAUCGAGGUGCCAGAGAAGGAAGGAUGGGUGGAAGUUAAGGUAGAGGGGGGAUUCCGCGUCCUCGCCUAG